AUGGAGUCACCCAUACCUAAUGUUGCGCCUGCUGUGGCUGCUCCGGCACCAUCUGCAGGUGACCUGAUUCUCCAGCAAAGGACACAAGCUCUUCAAAACGCUUCAGCGCAGAAUGGGGACGGUAGUCUUUGGUCACAGCUCACAUCUAAUCCUUUGUUCACAGCAGGUUUUGGCCUUGCAGGUUUAGGAGCGGGACUAACCUUCGCGCAACGGGGUUUCCGUCAAGGCGCCGCAUUGCUGCGUCGCCGUAUGCUGGUUGACGUCGAGAUUAGCAUCAAGGACGAUUCCUACCCUUGGUUCCUCCACUGGAUGACCCUGUACCAACAAUCACAAUUAGGUGCGACCCGGGCGGCCACCAACUCCGGCUACCUGGAUCGUCUUCUCCAAAAAUUGACACCGGGCAUGCGACAUCUAUCCAUACAGACUCAGAAAGUCGAACACUCGAAUGGCGCGAUGAACACACACUUCUCUUUGGUACCGGGACCAGGAAAACACGUCUUGCGUUAUAAGAAUGCAUUUAUUUUCGUCAAUCGCGUGCGCGAAGCCAAGUCUCGUGACCUACAGACCGGAAAGCCAUGGGAGACAAUCACUCUUACUACCCUCUACUCUCAUCGCCAUAUCUUCGAAGACCUUUUCACCGAAGCCCACGCCUAUGCUGCCAAAUCGCACGAAGGAAUGACUACAAUCUACAAUAGUUGGGGCACGGAAUGGCGUCCAUUUGGUAACCCGCGACGGAAGCGUCCUCUAGAUUCGGUUAUUCUGGCGGAGGGCGUGAAAGAGCGUAUUGUGGAUGAUGUCCAGGAUUUCAUCUCAAGCUCAUCCUGGUACUACGAUCGGGGAAUCCCAUACCGACGCGGUUAUUUGUUGUAUGGCCCACCCGGAACUGGCAAAAGUUCAUUUAUUCAAGCGCUGGCAGCUGAGCUUGACUACGAUAUUGCAAUUUUGAAUCUUAGCGAACGUGGACUUACCGAUGAUCGAUUGAACCAUCUUCUGACGAUUGUGCCGAAGCGAACAUUGGUUCUGUUGGAAGAUGUGGAUGCGGCUUUCUCCAACCGCCGUGCACAAUCCGAUGACGAUGGCUAUCGCGGGGCAAACGUGACAUUUUCCGGUCUACUGAACGCGCUUGAUGGAGUGGCUAGCGCCGAAGAACGCAUUGUCUUCCUCACUACCAAUCACGUUGAGCGGCUCGAUGAAGCCCUGGUCCGACCGGGGCGCGUGGAUAUGACUGUCCGUCUUGGCGAAGUAUCGCGCUAUCAGGUCGGCCGCCUCUGGGAUCGAUUCUAUGAAGAUAUUGAUACCGACGGGUCACAUCGGAAGCUAUUCCUUGACCGGCUCCAGGAGUUGGGUCUGGUUGAGGAUGAAAAUGGCCACAAGGCCGAUCGCUCCAGGAACACGAGCGCUGCAGCCCUUCAAGGGCUGUUCUUGUAUAAUAAGGGCAACAUGGAGGGGGCGAUCGCCAUGGCCGAGGGACUUACCUAUUCUGUGCAUGAUGAGGCUAUGGAACAUAGCCAGGGUCCCGAGUAA